AUGGCCAGCAAGCUUUGCGACCGCUGUUCUCCUCUCGGACUCAGUGUGGAGAAAUUCCUGGUUAGGGACGACAGAUCGUCGGGCUCUAGACAUUCAGUCCGGUCGCUGCAACUGGCGAAUGAGCGAUAUUUCCUCGGGUCGCUGGAACAAAUCAGAGAGACAGUCGCAACUUGUCAGCUGUGCGCACUUGUUUCCCAUGCAGUACCCGAUCCGCCACCACCUCACACCAAUGGUGCAGUAUGUCACCUCAUCUGGGAGAUUGAUGGCCGCACAUCGGUGGACACAGAAGCCAGGGGAGAGAAGUGCACUCGCCGACUAAGAGUUUGCUGGAAUCAUCCAAACCUCGAGCAGUGCGAGUCUUAUUUGGUCCUUGCAGCGCCAGCGAGGUACGACAACUCUGAUGUCAACUACCGUGGCUUCUUGAACAACGAAACCGAGUUCCUUGGAAGGCGCCUCGGUCGCACAGAAAACAAGAGAAACUUCAUCCGGGAGCUCGUGAGGCUGUGCGAGAGAUAUCACGGCUAUCGCUGCACGAGAAAACUCGGGAUUGAGGAUGACUUCCAUGUGACUCUGAUGGAACCCUACUUCGGAGUCAUCGACAUUGAAAACGACAGUCUUGUCCCUUUGCCAUUCAAGGAAAAUGGCGACCAGCUCGAGUUCGAGUCUUACGCGACAGUGAGCUACGUCUGGGGCGAGAGUGAUAGCCGCCAACACACCACGAGGAUGGCAAACAUCCAGAGUCGACGCAAGUCUGGUGGCUUGGCAUCAAGAAUAGCAAAUUAUAACUUAAGGAUAAUAUUAAGGGUAAAAAGAAAAAUCGACUUUCUGAGACGUAUUACAGACCGUAAGGGGACCUCUCUUAGUUGUACAUUACGAUUGACAGUCCUCUUACCGCUGUACGGGAACGCCAUCUUCACCCUCUGUGCCGCAGAUGGUCUAGAUGCUAGAACUGGCUUACUCGCCCUGGACGAAGAUCAUCAGCCAGCGCAGUGGAUCGCAAACUGCGCCGGCGGGGCUCACUUGCUACUUCAUCGCCCCCCAGAGGUCAGCAUUGAGGCAUCUCAAUGGAACGAGCGAGCGUGGACGUUCCAGGAGCGCCUCCUUUCAAAACGUUGCCUGAUCUUCACAGGCGGGCGCGUCUACUUCCAGUGUCGCUCGACGGGGGUGUCGGAAGACAUCUUCGCGGACCGCUGCGGCAAAGGCUGGUCCUUGGAUUUGCUGCGCUCUCCACUCCAGAUGCUGUCCCAGCUCAAGCUCAGAGCCGUGUGGUUCUACGCCCAUUGUGUCUCUUUGUAUACACUGCGAGAACUUUAUGAACCAUUCGACAUCCUCUCGGCAUUCAGUGGCAUGUGCAAGCUCAUGGAAUACACUAUGCACUCGCCGUUCAUUUUCGGUCUUCCCACAUCUCACUUCGACUUCGCCCUCCUCUGGCAGCCGAUUGGCCGAUCGUCGAGACUCAACAAGCCAAAGCGUUCGGACGAACAGAAGUACAAGGACAUGAAGUUUCCAAGCUGGUCAUGGUGCGGAUGGGAGAGCGACGGGAUUAAAUAUGCUCCAGAGAUGGUUGAUGGCUGUCUGACUGACAUCCGUGCAUGGCUCUUGGACCACACAUGGAUCGACUGGCACAUAAGAGACGGCCAUGGGACCCUCCGGCGCGUUUGGGACAUGUCCUCGGCUAAAGAAGACGAAAGCACGAGCGUAAGGUGGAAAGGUUACAAGGUUCCCAGCAAUGAGACUUUGGAGGACGAUUCUGACCACGAAUGGUCGCUGGUGCUAUCGUCGCCGUCGCCAACGGACCAUUCAGACGCAGGCCCCCCCCCCGUACCCACUCCAGUGAUCCGAAUGACUUCAAAUACUGUAUCAACUCCUAAACCUAAGCACAUGAGAAAAGGAAAAAAGGGUAAACGAACGAAGCCAAGGGAAGAGAGCUACUCAGAGCGCUCUCACUGGGACGUCAAAAAUUACGCGAUCCACAGACACGAUAAUUAUGGUCGCCUUCGCCAGGUGGGGGGGAUGUCUGCCAGUUUAGACAAGCCGAGAGAGGAUUUCACCUUGACUCUACCGGAGGAUCCAUACCACGUCCGCAAGACCUCGGUGAGUCACAGGACCGGCUCCUAUCACGAAUUUCCCGACCAGAUCUUUUUGCAAUUCUUCACUUGGCAGGCGUCGUUCCACGUCGUGCCCAUCACGACGGAGACUAUGGACUCUGCAGGCCAUGUCGGCGGCUGCCUCGGACCGGGGCUGCGACGCUGCCACAUCAUGGACCGGCGCGGAGAUAAGUGCGGCUCCAUCGUCGUCAACGCAGAGUGGCUCCUGAGGCAGCAGAGGGGCGGGAAGACCGAAUUCGAGUUCAUUGCCAUUUCGGAGGCAAAGGCCUUUACGAAGGAGGAGUUUCCAGACUGGACGCACUACAUCCCCAAGGAGAGAGUCGAGUCGGAGUGGGAUCUGUUCUUUGUGCUCCUCGUCGAGCACUUUCCUAUCGAAGGGUUUUAUCGCCGUGUUGCUCUCGGGAAGGUGUUCAAGGCUGCAUUUGCUCUGUCGGAUGAUGAGUGGAAAGAGGUUAUACUUGGAUGAGAAUCUGACUAUUCCUUUGCCAUGUCUACCAUAAUCGCCAGGACCCCGUCAUAAUAAGAUCGAUCGAUCCGUCCAGCAUCGCCGGACAAGAAUCCUCCACCACGGCUUCCCAAGUAGUUGUGGGUACCCUACCCUAUGUGCCCGAGAAAUCACGGAAAUGUAAGGGGCUGCGCGAGGAUGCUGAUGCCAAGUAACGGAAGUUGUAUUCGAUGAGGGAACAAAGGCGGAUUCGGCGCUCGAGGGCGAGGCGGUAGUGUAGAGCUGUGUUUCGCCGGAGGCUAUCGAAGUCAUCUGCGUU